CGCCAUAUCAUCGAAUGCUCCUUCUUCAUCCUCCAAGGGUUCAUAUCAUCAGUUCUUUUUCAUGGCUUUAUGAAGUCAAUGAAGAUCAACCAGACCAUUGUGCAGUUACGACUCACCGUCACGGCCGCCAACGACCCGGCUGAGGUAUUCCGGGCCGGGGGACACCUUCCUCUUGUCGUCACUCACACACUCUUCCUCUCCUCGCCGAGACUACAGCAGGAAAAAUGGAUGUUUGGUGCCUCCGAGUCUUGGUCGUCAACAUCAUGGGUGAUUUCCAACACCAGCGUACCUGAUGUCCUCGCCGAACCAACCGGCAGCCGUGAAGAUCUCAUUACAAAGACACCGCACCGGCGUUACUCAGUACGAGAAGCUCAUCUGAAUCUGGACGCAAACAUCAACCAUUUUUUCCGUGUCAGUAAUGUCGGUGCGGACUGGACUUGAUGCAAACAUUCCUAGAGGUACCUCAGCCGGGACACUGUGGAUGACAAGUCUGGGGCAGUUCUGUGACAGCUUUUUUUGCGGGGUUUCACAGUUUAAACCAACAGAUGAAAAGGCAGAGCCUCCUCUACAUCUUUACAAAGCCGCUGAGCCUAGAAGUAUCUUUCGAGAAUAACUGGAUAGUCAGGGUCAGAGGCGGUAGAUGUCGGCAGGAAAGCCACUUCCCUCACAGCUUACAAUCGUACGUGUGAUAUACACAGAGAUCCAACAGGAAC